AUGGCAGAAGUGGGCAAUACUGAACUUAUAAAUCUUAUAAAUAGUGGGGUGUCUGCUAGUGAAUUGGAAUUAAAGAUUUGUGAAGGUGCUGAUGUUAACUGUCCUGGGAAAAUGGGUCUUGCCCCACUACAUCAUGCCGUAUAUGAAGGUAACUUGGACUGCGUCAAGCUGCUGCUCUGCCACAAUGCUGACGUCAAUGUACAGGAUCACUGUGGAUACUCACCCCUACAUUUGGCAGCUAAGUAUAAAAGGAUUGAGAUACUACAAGAACUGAUACUGAAAGGUGCUGAUGUUCAUAGCAGAGAUGCAGUUGGAUUCCCACCACUGCGUUUAGCUCUACAAGCUGGUAACCAUGAGUGUGCAGCAUAUUUAUUACGGAAAGGUGCCAAUCCUAAUAUGUAUUAUAAACACUUUGGCUAUGAGGUACACAUGGUUAAUCUGUCAAACGCUGAAUGCUUAGAACUGUUAUUGCAAUUUGGAGCUGAUCCCGAUGCCCAUGACUCCAGAGGAUUAACAGCCUUACACAUUGCCUGUCAAGAUGGCAACGUUGGAUUUGUACAAAGAUUAUUAAAAUAUAAUGCAGACAUUGAUGCUAAAUCAGCCAAUCCUUCAAAAGAGAAUUCAACACCGUUGAGAUAUGCUGUGUUAGAGGAUGAAAAAGAGAUAACUGAACUGUUGCUAUUGAGUGGGGCUGACCCAAAUGAACCUGAUGGACGAUCCAACACACCACUCCACCAUGCAGCCACACAAGGAAAUAUUGAAAUGGCAAAAUUGUUGUUAAAAUAUGGAUCUAAUGUCUCGGCGAAAAAUGAAAUGAUGAAUGAACCGUUACAUCAGGCGUGUAGGUACUCUCAUGAUCCGUUGAUGAUUGACUUGUUAUUACAGCAUGGAGCUGAUCCAAAUUCAGUAACAAGCAACAAAGAAACGCCAUUACUUCUAUUAUUAUGGAAAUACGGACGUAUCACUAAGUAUGAUGUGGAAGAAAUUGACAGAGAACUCAAAAUGAAAAUAGGAUAUUUAUUUAAUUUUGGAGCAAAAGUAAGAUUUACCAACGAUCGAGUUGACCCGUUCACUUUACUUCAUGCAAAGCUGAAUAAAUUAGUGGUACUAACCGAGAGCAUGUUAUCACUAGCUGAGUUUGCUCAAGAGAUUUCAGUAGAAGAUGAUAUUGGUAAUGUUUCACCUGAUAUGCCCUCGGAGAUAUUAACACAACUGCGGUUUGUUAAAAGCAAUCCUAAAUCAUUAAAACACAUGACAAGACUAUGCAUCAGGAAUAGUUUAGGUGAACGCUGUCAGUAUAAAAUACACAAGCUGCCAUUACCUCAGCCACUAGUCAAAUUUGUUCAGUAUUUAUAG